CUAAUUUACAUUUGUGUUGAAGCCACCAACCCUGCACAACGCGGGAAGGCAGGGGGCGUCAGUCAUUUCCUCUAUCUACAUCACCGAAGACAGAUUACUUGGAAACCUGGAAAGUGGUGGUGAAAACUUCAAGAAUUCUGACAAAACUCAUGAAGACUAUCGUCUAAGUGGCAUAUCAGUGAUUUUCUGUUUUUCUUCGUACAACUGUGAAAAUAAAAUUAAAAAAGCCAUGGGUAUUGUUGAGAACUACCACUGGAUUUUUUUUGAGAAUGAUGACCCCCGAGUUAGAGAAUGGGCACUGAUGGGAACACCAGUUUGGCCUAUCACACUUUGUCUUCUAUAUUUGUUCAUUGUAUUAUGGGCUGGACCAAAAUACAUGAAAAACAGGACGCCAUACAAACUGGACACGUUUAUCUUUUACUACAAUAUAUACCAAGUUAUUGCCUGUACCGCGUUAGUUUAUGGGAUUACAACAAAUGGAUGGACAACUCAUUACAGUUGGAAAUGUCAACCAGUGGACUACACAGAAAAAGGAUUACCAAUGCUGAACUGGAUGUAUUUUACAGCCCUUUUGAAGUUAUCGGAAUUUAUCGAAACUAUUGUUUUUGUUUUACGUAAAAAGGACAGGCAAAUCUCAUUCCUUCAUGUGUACCAUCAUGUUUCUACAUUUUUGCUGGCCUGGGUAGGAGCAAAAUUUGUUGGAGGUGGAAUGGCAACCUUCCCUAUCAUCCCAAACAGUAUUGUUCAUAUUGUGAUGUACACCUACUACCUGCUCAGUAUCAACAAAAAUGAAUCACUUCAGAAGGUGCUUAACACAAUUAAACCAUACAUCACAAUCAUGCAAAUGGUACAAUUUUGCAUUAUCAUUGCUCAUGCAUUGCAGGCAUUGAGACCCGACUGUCAUGUUCCCAAACAUUUAGCCUGGGCUUUCAUCCCUAACGUUUUCUUAAUCUUCUACCUAUUCUAUGACUUCUAUACCACAAACUUCAUCAAGCCACAAGUCAGUUCAAAAAAGACUAAGGCAACAAAGGCUUCAUAAAUUGACAUGACCAAGAUUGUAAUUCAAUUAUAAAUUUAAUGUAUAUAUUGAUUUAAGGACGCAUGUAAAUUACAGAAAUGGUGAACAAAAAUGACUAAUUAGUAAUUAUAUAUGCUGGCACGCAAGUAUUUUGAUUUGUAAUAUUUAUUUUUUAAUUAAAGAAAAGGUCUAUAUUGAUUAUUUAAAUACAUUUGGCUGGCUGAUUUUAGAUCCGUUGUAGUAAAAUGAUAGAAGACUGCUCAAAAAUAAAGAAAGAAUGCCCAUAUA